AUGGAUCUCGACAAAGAAGACCUACAAUCCCGUCGUGAAUCCUGUUUGGAUGCUCUUGAUGCCGCUCGUCCAGCCUCCACCAUGGGGACGGCUCAGCUGGCCCCCGAUAUCUAUAUUACGGCCGAUGACUGUGGAGAUGCUGUUGGUGGCAAUUUUCUCCAAAUGCCGCGAAAAGAUCGCAGUUGUUCGUGGAGUGGAAGACCGUUAUGGAUGGAGGUGGCUGAGGCUACGAGAGUCAAGGUGCCACACACAUUCCAAGUCCAUAGCUAUAAGCGACCGACUGUCUGUCAGUACUGCAAAAAGCUUCUCAAGGGAAUCAUAAGGCAAGGGAUACAGUGUAGGGGUGAGUCACUUGUUGCCCUUUUUUCGUCAUAA